UCCGUGGUCAGAGCGGCUAGGACGCGUGAGUUAUACUGCCGUAUUUCCCUGUGCGCCCGAGUGUUGUGCGCAGUCUAGUCCAACGGACACACGGCAUUGGUUCUCAGAAGUUAGAGAAAGCAAGCGGCGAGACUUCCGCCAGCACCGCCCUUGACCAUCAACGACCUCAUGGCUGCCACCGUAGCCGAUGCAGCGGUUGGCUCAUCUUCCGCUGGGGCCGGCGCUGACGACGUAGGGGUGCCAUCAGGCAGCGGCGGAGGGUGGGCGGAGGGGGUGGACUCCGCGAAGGAGGCAAGCGACAGGCUGGUGAGCUUCGUGGCUGACAUCCUGGCGCGGCACGGAUGGACUGCGGUUUUUCUCGUGAUCGUGUGGUACAACUGCAAGGACGCCGUCAAGAGGCAUUAUCGGAAAUGGCGAAACAAGAGAUCGCUGGACGAUGCCAACAGGGCAGACCGACGGGCCGUGCUAGAUCGCGAGAGGGCUAGGUCGGUAGCAGAGAAGCAGGCGCAGGCGCUGGAGGAUGCCAGGGCGGCAGAGGAAAGAAGAACGCAGCAGAAGAUGCAGAGCUACGCGAGAACGACCACAAGCACAAAGGACGACUAGAAUACCACCAUCUGGACCUACAAUAGCUGCGUUCGAGCUGUGGACAGUCUGAAACCAUGAUAUGGGUUCGGAUCGGAUCGGAUCGGAUCGGAUCGGAUCGGAUCGGACAACUGUGACAUCUGGUGUCUUGG